UACUACAUUUCCUUUUCAUUUUCAUCAGUAGAAAGAAACAGAGUCUCAUUAUCCAUCCAUGAAACUAAACUUAGCAUGAAAUGUUGCUUCCCGCACCCCACUUCCACACAUUCAUCACCCCUUCAUCAUCUUCUUCAUUCUUCUUACCCUUUAAUUUCCCAAAAUCAAAAACCCUAACUCCCUCCAAAUUCAUCAUCCGAAGUUCAUCUUCCAAUCCCCAUACCCUCCCUAAAUCCGCCAUUCAACGAAUCGCCGAUAAACUCCACUCCCUCGGCAUCACCACCGACCAAUCCAAUUCCAAUUCCACCUCCACCGCAACUUCAACCGCUGCAGGUGAAAUCUUCGUUCCGUUACCGCACAAUAUCCCGAAGCACCGCGUUGGACAUACAAUUGACCUAAGCUGGAGUACGCCGGAGAAUCCCGUUCCGGUUAUUGGAAAAGGAAUCGAGAAAUUGAGCAAGAAUGAGGUUGAGAGACAGAGAUUGGAGAGACAGAAAGAGAGGGAAGCGAAGAAGAGGAGAGUUCCGACGCUUGCGGAGUUGAGUUUGACGGAUGCGGAGAUUUUUAGAUUGAGGGAAUUAGGGUUUGAGAUGAAGCAGAAGAUUAAGGUUGGGAAAGCUGGGAUUACGGAAGGGAUUGUUAAUGGAAUUCAUGAACGGUGGCGGCGUUCGGAAGUUGUGAGGGUUGUUUGUGAGGAUAUUUGUAGAAUUAACAUGAAAAGGAGUCAUGAUAUAUUGGAGAGAAAAACUGGAGGAAUUGUUGUUUGGAGAUCUGGAAGUAAGAUAAUAUUGUACAGAGGGAUCAAUUAUAAGUAUCCUUACUUCCUAUCAGAUGAAGUUUUGAGAGAUGAUAACAGUGGUGAUUCUUUGCAACAUAUGGAUGGCGAUGCCUUGCAACAUAUGGAUGAUGAUAAUGAAAAUUGCAAUGAAAGAGAGAGUCAUUCGUCUGAAAUGAAUUCAGCCACACAUGCUGGACAAAGUUCAAACAUCAAAACCGUAAGACCAGCUUUGGUACAAGGAGUUGGCACUCCCAAUAAAGUGAGAUUUCAACUUCCAGGUGAAGCAGAGCUUUUAGAAGAAGUAGACAGCUUAUUAGAGGGCCUCGGGCCUCGAUUUACUGAUUGGUGGGGGUAUGACCCCGUGCCUGUUGAUGCUGAUCUUCUACCUGCUGUUAUUCCUGGAUUUAGGCAGCCUUUUCGCCUACUUCCAUAUGGUGUGAAGUCUAAUCUAACGGAUGAUGAACUGACCACAUUGAAGAGACUUGGCAGACCUUUACCAUGCCAUUUUGCAUUAGGUAGAAACAGGAAACUACAAGGACUCGCUGCUGCAAUUAUCAAGCUUUGGGAAAGAUGCGAGAUUGUCAAGAUUGCAGUAAAAAGAGGUGUGCAGAAUACUAGUAAUAAGAUAAUGGCUGAAGAGAUUAAGUAUCUGACUGGAGGAACUAUCCUUGCUCGAGAUAAAUAUGUUAUUGCCAUUUAUAGAGGAAAGGAUUUCUUGCCUGCCGCAGUUUCUUCAGCAAUCCAACAGAGGAGAUAUGAUUUAAUAAAUAAAGUGAAGGCUGAAAACAGGUCAUCAGUUACAGCCUCUUAUCAUUCUGCACAAAAGGAUGUGACAAUCCUUAAAGAUAAAGAAAUCAUUGAAAAACGAAUAUUGACGAAGGCUGAGCUAGCUAUUAAAAGGACUAGCAUCAAAUUGUCACAGGCGUUAGAGAAGAAAGAAAAGGCUGAAAAGCUUCUAGAAAAUCUGGAAAGAUCCGAGAGUCUUCAAGAACAAGAAAUAGAUAAAGAGGGUAUUACUGAAGAAGAGAGAUACAUGUUGCGGAGAAUUGGCUUGAAGAUGAAGCCCUUCUUGUUGCUAGGAAGACGGGGGGUUUUUGAUGGAACAGUGGAAAAUAUGCAUCUUCAUUGGAAAUAUCGGGAACUUGUGAAGAUAAUAUGUAGCCAAGGGACCCUGGAAUCUGUCCACCACGCAGCUCGGACAUUAGAGGCAGAGAGUGGUGGAAUAUUAGUAGCAGUAGAAAGAGUGAUCAAGGGCUAUGCAAUCAUUGUUUAUCGUGGAAAGAAUUAUAGUAGGCCUGAUAGUUUGAGGCCACAAACACUUCUAAAUAAAAAACAAGCAUUGAAGCGUUCUAUAGAGGCACAGCGUCGUGAGUCGUUGAAGCUUCAUGUUUUGAAGUUAGAUAAGAACAUAAAUGAAUUGAAACUUCAAAUGGUUAAAGAGGAGGCCAGCAGUAAGCAGAUAGUUGAGGAGUUAAGAUCUGACUUGGCUACAGACAACCAUGAAGCUAGUUCGAAUUCCAUAAAUUGCAAUUCUCCAAAAGAAGCUUCGGUUGACAAUCAACAACCUACACAGGAGCAGCAGAUUGAUCUGAUUGAUAGUGGUGGCGUGCGUCAAGGUGAACCAGAAUCCUGGGCUGGUUUUGUUCAUCAAGAAAGACAGUUGGAUGAAGCAAGUGACUCUGUGGUUGAUACUGGGCAUAUUGAGCUGAUUGAUAGUGGUGGAACCUGUCAAGGUGAUCCAGAAUCGUGGGAUGGUUUAGUUCAUCAAGAAAGACAGUUGGAUGAAGCAAGUGAGUCUGUAGUUGAUACUGGGCACAUUGAGCUGCUUGCUAGUGAUGGAACCCGUCAAGGUGAACCAGAAUCAUGGGCUGGUUUUGUUCAUCAAGAAAGACAGUUGGAUGAAGCAAGUGAAUCGGUGGUUGAUACUGGGCAUAGCGUCUCUGAUAACAAAGGAAUGGAAGCAUCAAUCACAUCCAAAAGUGAUCCUGAACCAUCGGCUCCGGUGAUGAAUAAGAGUUCAAACGAGUUUCCUUUUAGAUAUUCAUCUCUUUCCAACAGAGAGAGACUUCUUCUUCGAAGGCAGGCCUUAACGAUGAAAAAGCGACCUAUCUUCUCCAUAGGUAAGAGCAAUACUGUGAAUGGUCUUGCGAUAGCAAUCAAGGAUCACUUUCGGAGGCUCCCUUUUGUCAUAGUUAAUGUCAAAGGAAGGGCAAAAGGGACCUCAGUUCACGAGUUGGUGUGCAAACUAGAGGAAGCAACAGGUGGAGUUCUAGUCUCUCAAGAGCCUAGCAAAAUUAUACUUUACAGGGGUUGGGGGGCAGGAACAAAUCCCCGCGCUAAUUUAAAUGAUAGUAAAGUAGCUAAAGAAGGAGGAGCAAACCCGAGUGUGUCUCCUGAACUGUUGGAAGCUAUCAGAAUCGAAUGUGGAUUAACAAACAGAACAUUGCAACUCGUUGCUGAUCAAAUAUCCACAAACAGAUUGCCAUAAAUCUUUCAUCAACACUGUUUGUAAUUGUAUCGAUGGUGGUUGUUCCGGUAUGAUUUAUAGAAAGAUGGAGCUAUGUAGUCAUCGAGAAGCCAAUCGAUGAUAGCCAAUGAUUGAUAUUGAAAAAUUUGAGGGUGUCAUCGACGUUUGAUUGUUGUGGCAAGGGAAAAACCGAAGAAGAACCGGAAAAGAAAUAUACUGCAACAAGAAAUAGACAGUGGGAGAAUCUUAAUCUUGAAGCCAUUCUUGUAUAAAGCUUAAGAAAAAUACUACAUCCGGUUCUAUUAACAAUAAGAGCUUAUGUCAAAAAAUAUCUUAAGUACUACUUUGUCCUUUAAUAUGGGCUUUUGUUGAUUAUAUCACGGGAAUUAAUAAAGUAGUUAGUAAAAUUAAAUACUA